GGACAAAGGAAGACAGCUGCAUCACGUGACAAUGUCCAAAAAGUUCAACGCCAUGCUUUGGUCACAUCCCGAGAUGGAUAUCCGGCGCGAGAAGCGAUUCAGACUUCCCCACACGAGGAAGUACCGCCAAGAUGAUUCAAUUAAAGACCAUGCUCAACUGCAUCGACAACUCGGGUGCUGCCCUUGUUGAGUGCGUCCUCGUCGUCGGCCAGAAGCGACAUGCCAGAAUUGGUGACCGCAUCGUCUGCGUCGUCCAAGAGCAGCGUGGUGCUUCCUCCUCCGGCAUGGCUGGCAUCUCGGCCGCCAACAAGGUCAAGCGUGGUGACAUCCGCCACGCCGUCGUCGUCCGAACUCGCUACCCUACCCAGCGCCGCGACGGCUCCGUCGUCCGCUUCGACGACAACGCCUGCGUCCUCCUCAACAAGGCUGGCGACCCCGUCGGCUCCCGCAUCAACGGCGCCGUCGGUGCUGAGCUCAAGCGCAAGAAGUGGAGCAAGAUUCUCUCCAUGGCUCCCAUGCAGGCAUAAGCGGGUUGGAAUGGGAACUUGGUGGAUGAACUGUGCAUGAGCUAUGUGUAAAAAGCGCACUGGGGCUUCAGGCAUGAAAUAGAGGCUUGGGGAGGCAGUUAUGUACGAGUGGGAUUCUGUACACUACGAAUAUCAGGCAUUUACGCGGCGUUGAGAUGCGAAAAUAAAUCACACCUUUCAGCCAAACGGGUUUUUACGAAUUGAACAUGUCAC